AUGAAUCUCCACAAUCCACAUCCACCAAAUGCUGGCAAAAUGGAUCUCCACAAUCCACAUCCACCAAAUGUUGGCAAAAUGGAUCUCCAAAACCCACUUCCUUCUGAUUCUUCUGCCAGUGACAGGUAUGGAUUCUGGAACCUGAGUGGGGAGCUUAGGCCUUCAUUAACAGCACUCAAGUCUUUGAGAUAUCUAGACUUGAGUUUCAACACCUUUAGUGGCAUCCCCAUUCCCAGUUUCUUUGACUCUUGGCAGAACUUGCAAUAUCUAAACCUAUCAAAUGCUGGGUUUAGUGGAGUAUUGCAGUAUCUUGAUGUCACUGAUUAUGACUUACAUGUUUUAAGUGCUGAAAAUCUUGAUUGGGCGACUGGUCUUGUCUCCCUGAAAUAUUUGGCAAUGAGUGGAGUUAACUUAUCAGUUAUAAGAUCAAACUGGGUUGGGCAAUUGAACAAGCUUCCCCAUUUAACUGAGUUGCACUUAUGUUCUUGUCUCUUAACUGGAUCCAUUUCAUCUCCUAUCUCUGUUAAUUUUACUUCACUUGCAGUCGUAGACCUCAGUUUUAACAGAUUCAACUCAAGGUUCCCAGCCUGGCUUGCGAACAUCAGUAGCCUGGUUUCCAUUGAUGUGAGCUUUAGCGGCUUGAAUGUUGGGAGAUUUCCACACGUUUUUAGUGAAUUACCCAAUUUGCGAUUCCUGAAACUUGUGAAUACUUUCAACAAAGCACAUUGGAAGGAUUCCAAGUUCAAUUGGCAAACUUUGCAACCUGAAAUAUCUUUCCUUGAGCUCAGUAGCCUUAAAAAUCUUGCUGUUCUUGAUUUGGAGUACAACUCACUUCGCCCAAUCCUUCCUUUAGGCAAUUUGAAAAAACUAGUUGUACUCUGGCUUUCUGAAAAUGAACUAAAUGGUACCCUCCCUGAUAGUUUACAGCACUUUUCUGAGCUGUAUCUACUGGAUGUUUCAAACAAUCACUUGACAGGAAUAAUUUCUGAAGCACAUUUUUCAGAGCUAAGCAAAUUGAAAACCUUGGAUUUGUCUGGAAACUCUUUCAUUUUCAAUGUCACUUCCUUUUGGAUUCCUCCAUUUCAGCUGGAGUCUCUUUACAUUAGUUCUUGCUUUCCAAACUGUUCAUUUCCUGUGUGGCUUAAAUCUCAAAGCGACAUCAUUUAUCUACAUUUCUCAAACGCCAGUACUUCAGGAAUUGUGCCCGAUUGUUUUUGGACUAUGUCUGCUAAUCUGAAGGACUUAAAUGCUUCUUCAACCAAUUACAAGUUUCAAACAUUUACCAAGACUCUGUCCAUUCUGACUGGCGUAGACCUUUCUCGAAACAAUUUAGACGGAAAGAUUCCUGAAGAACUGAUGAAACUUGCAGGUCUAAUGGUUUUGAACUUGUCAGGGAACCAUUUCACUGGUCAAAUUCCUGAAAGCGUCUCAAAAUUGAAACAGUUGUUGUCUCUUGAUCUCUCAAGCAGUAAGCUUUCAUGUCCAAUUCCUCCCAGCAUAUCUUCAUUGUCUUUUUUGGGGUACCUGAACUUAUCCAACAAUAAUUUACCUGGCAAAAUCCCUUACAAAGGGCAGAUAACAACUUUUGAUCCACCAUCUUUUACUGGAAAUCCUGCUCUAUGUGGAGCUCCACUUGAUGUCAACUGUACAGCACCAACUCGGAUAACAAAACGAGGAGACCUAAUAAGAAUGACAGUAACAAUGGCUUCAUUGACAAGUGGUUUUACUUGA